AUGGGGAAGCUGAAACACUUCUCUGUGUCCAGGGCUGAGCUGCUGUUCGGCACUGGAAAUACCCAAGCACUCAGUAAUUGUCCCCUUGAGCAGGACAUGAGUCAAAGUAUAUGCGACACCUGCCGGCAUGCCACAAGCAUCUCCUGGAAGCAGUGCUUGGGAGCCAGUGCCGCUUCCCCAUCACAUCUCCGAGAGACGUCUGCCGUGGUACACAGCACUUCCAGCCUGACCCCAGACAUCGGACGAGGGUGGCAAUCCCCUUACGAAACUCCGGUUGCUCAUUACCUAUGCUUCUCCGGCGCAAGUGCCAGUGUCCACUGGCAUAAGUACACUGGUGGUGCCUACACCUGCUUUCCGGUGGUGAUCAGAGCAAUUCUCUGCAGGGUUGAACGGCUACUGCGAGUCCUCGCGAUGUCUGACGCGGAGCGCUUGCGCCGGCCUCUUGUCCCUCAAAUGAUCGCAAUAGCACACAAAAUAUCCGACGCGAUGAUAACGAGUGGUGGCAGUGUUGCGCACGUGGUGCUCAUCUCGGUUACUCGUUCAGCACGAUGCAUACAAAGCUCGUGGCUUUUACCUCGUUUCUUUACUCUGACCGAUAAUCUCUGGGAGCCUCGCUACGGCCCUCACCAAGUGCUGUCGCCGAGGAAGCGUAGAGCGGAUGAAUGA